UGACGUCUGUAACGCUGAGACAGGUUCAGGGAAGGUUCGUGUAGGUGAGCAGGGCGGGGGGCCGUGGUCCUGGGCCGCUAUGAGCUGCACCAUCGAGAAGAUCCUGACAGACGCCAAGACGCUGCUGGAGCGGCUGCGGGAGCACGACGCGGCCGCAGAGUCGCUAGUGGAUCAGUCCGCCGCGCUGCACCGGCGGGUGGCCGCUAUGAGGGAGGCGGGGACGGCGCUUCCGGACCAGGUCGGGCAGAGGUAUCAAGAAGAUGCACCCGAUAUAAAGGACAUGUCCAAAUUCAAACCUCACAUUCUGCUGUCCCAAGAGAACACACAGAUUAGAGACUUGCAGCAGGAAAACAGAGAGCUAUGGGUUUCCUUGGAGGAACACCAGGAUGCUUUGGAACUCAUCAUGAGCAAGUACCGCAAACAGAUGUUACAAUUAAUGGUUGCUAAAAAGGCCGUGGACGCUGAACCAGUCCUAAAAGCUCACCAGUCUCACUCUGCAGAAAUUGAGAGUCAGAUUGACAGAAUCUGUGAAAUGGGAGAAGUGAUGAGGAAAGCAGUUCAGGUGGAUGAUGACCAAUUUUGUAAGAUUCAGGAAAAACUAGCCCAAUUAGAGCUUGAAAAUAAGGAACUUCGAGAAUUAUUGUCCAUCAGCAGUGAAUCUCUUCAGGUCAGGAAGGAAAACUCAAUGGACACUGCUUCCCAAGCCAUCAAAUAACUCCACUUCUGAAUGACAGCUGGAGAUUGUCAAGGAAGGAAGUUAUUAUCUUUCUAUUUGAGUAUUGUCCAUGUAAUGUCUUGCCUCAGACUUGAUUUAGUGUUGAUUAAAGGUAUCAGGUGGCAGUUCAGAAAUUCGAAAUCAGAUUGGCUGUCCACAAAACAAUUUUUGGGUGUGUUCGUGAAAAUACACACUGAGUUUCACCAUUCCUUUCUCUGAGAGACUACUUUUAAUUUUCAGUUCUGGGACCUUGAUUUAUAUAAACUGUAUUACCAGUUCCUUUUUGUUUGUUCAUAUCUCUGAAACUUAGAGCCUUUUAUUAUAAGCCAGCAAUUUUAUUUUAUAUAGGAUUGUAAAUUACAAUUCUAAAAAAUUUUUAAAAGAGAUUAGCUUUUUAAAUCUACUUGGCAUACACCUAGAUUUUUUUUCCAGUUGAGAAAAGUAAUACAAUUCCAUAGAACUAGAUUAGUAGAUUCUCUGAUUUGUAACGUCAUUCACCUCCUAUGAAGUUUUAAGUCUCUCUGGUGCUAAGAGUUGGCACUUUAUGACCUGGUGUCUUUACUCUUAAUUUGAGAGAACCUACUGCUAGUCCCCAAGAAACAUACUUGAAAAUAAGUCCACCUUUUUUCUAGUGAUAGUAAAGUCAUUGUAUUGUUCAAAGAAUCCUGAGAAAUUUGUCCCGUGUAUGUGCAUAUACACAUGUACUCUUAGUUAAAUCCUAAAGGUAGCUUUUAUUUAUUCUAUUUGAUAUUAAUAGUCAAUUUUUCAAUAUUGUCCUCAUAGAAAAUCUUCAACUUGGGUGAUUCACCCAGUUGAAGAGCAUACAAUAGGUUUAUUCACAUCAUGGUUUUUAAUGUACACCAUUCUGUUUACUGUACGUAGAACUUCUUUUUAUAGUUGAGUACCAUCACUUACUUGGAUGUCUUUCAUUAUUAGUACUGGCAGUUGGCUUUCUUUUUAGAUCCACUUUUCACAAGGAAGCAAAAGUUUAUCACCUAAUGAGAGUUAUUAGAUUCAUCGUGUUGUGCAGACAACAAAGCAGUGUUGAGAUUCAAAUGCUGAGUGGUCAACUAGGCUCACUCAUCAACUCAUUCUCCCAUCUCAAUUUAGUCACAUGUGAUAUUUACAAAUUACUUCAUGUUAUACUGUCAGAUUAGGUUUGCCUAAAAAUAAUUGAAAUAACAAAUCCUAAACCUGUCCACAUUUUCCAGUAGUACUAAGCACCAUACUGCAUAGGAGAGACCCAGUAUUAAAAAGAGUUUUUUGUUUGUGCUUUGUGUGAUGUAAACUUUCAUACUGCCAUAAAGAAUUAAUUCCAAUUAAAACAAUAAAACUUCACUAAGAUAUCCUAAAAGCAUCUGAUCCCAGUAAUACUGAAAUGACUUUGCCUAUAGUGGUGGUCUUUAAUAAUCAGGUAUUUUAGAAUUUGUCAAAUUUCUAUUCAAAGUCCUAUACAGAAUUUGAAAAAUACUACCACCCCCAGUGUAGGCAUUUUUAUCUUGUUUUCCAAGAGUAAGUAAACCUUUAGUCCAGCCAUUUGGCUUGAAGUAUAUACCCUAAGUGCCACUGUGUGUCCCACAGUUCCACUCAGGAGGCAGCGGACUAUACAGGGCCAUCAAAUGGCCCAUUAAAAUAUGACAUGGUGUCUCUUUAUCUGCCUUAUGUUCCUUUAAAGGUGUUUAUAAAGUACUUACAUCUUAGAUAUCAGGAUAAAUGUCUAUGUUAACUUUUCACCCCGGCAAAUCAAAAGCUUGAAGUCUGAGUCUAAAGAGCUCUCAGCACCCUACAUAAUGUAAUUCUGGCUAGUGUUAAUAUGAAUGUUUCUAAUAAAAACUUCAUUUUGAGAAUAACAGUUAACUUUAUUCCACAGUGAGUCUAAUUAUCAGGAAAUACAAAGGUCUAUUUUUCACAUAAUAGCAACAUGUCAAGUAGACAGGGCUUUUCAUAAAUAUUUUAUAAUUAGCAUAAUGUAGUCAGAUGUAUAAGUCUACAAAUAGUUGCAUCUAAAAUGGUUUUAGAAGGGUACUUCCAUGGCUCAGUCGGUUGAGCAUGAUUCCAGCUCAGGUCAUGAUCCCAGGUUCGUUGGAUCGAGCCCCACGUCGGGCUCCAUGCUGAGCUUGACCCUGCCUGAGAUUCUCUCUUCUCUCUCCUUCUGCCCUCUCUACCCGGCUCAUGUGCUGGCUCUCUCUCUCUCUCAACUAAAUGAACAAAUAAAUGAAUAAAUAAAAUAGUUUUAGAGAUUUCCUCAUGAUUUAGAAGUCCAAAAUUAUAUGAUUACAAAUCAAAUUACAAAAACUGAGUUUAGAAGUACCUUGAAAAAUGCUUAAAUAUUACUGAUCUUACCUUAAUACCUUUUACCUUGACUUACAUUGAUAAUUUUCACAUAAUUUGAUUCAAACAUUGAAGGUCCAUUCCGUGUUCCCCAAAAUUGUUUGCUGACUACUGAAAUAGAAACUUAGGAAUGGGAUCCAGGAAUUUGUAUUUUAUAAUCAUCCCAGAUAACUUCUACGGAUACUAGUUUGAGAAUGUCUAAUCUGCUAUGUACCAGGCACUUCAUUUGGAGUUACGAAUAGAAAAAAGGUGAGGGAAAGGCGUUGACACUGUUUUUGAAGAAAAAUUUGGUAGAAGAGACAAGUAUACAUAUAAUUACAGGGCAGUGAUAAAUCCAAUAUGAGAAUGUAUAGGAUACAGAGAAGGCUCUAUGAAGAGGAGAAAGCUUGGUGCUUUCUAGUUAUUUUAUAAUCUCCAUUUCAACUAUACCUCAUUUUACAUACACUCAGGCACAAGGAGGUUAUGCUGUCUAAACUGGAACCAAGAUUCCAACCUAGAGAGACCCUUAAACAUACUCUUAACCACUAAGUUAGGAUGCCUUUAAAUGCCAAAUACGGAUCAGAGUUCAAGUGGUUCUUGAUUGGCAAAAUCUAUUUUUACUAAUAGUGCAAAAGAAACACCACAGCCCAUAUGUUAGAAAAUAUGAAUUCAAUAAAUGGAGUCUUAACUCAUGAGACGUAAUUGUCCUCUCUUUUCUAGAGUGGUGCAGCUGAGACCAUGUGUGCAUACGAUUAAACAAUGUUUAAUCGGUGGUCUUACCUACAUACAAAGAGUGCAGUGCUGUCUUUCAAAUCCGCCUCCUGAGCAUGCCAUUUUUCAUCCUUCAUGCUCUUUUCUUGUGGUUGCAAGGUCGGUGCUGUGCCAGAUUCCAUGUCACUACUGAAGGCAGGAAGAUAAAGGGAAAUGGCCUGUGCCAGCUCUGUGUAUCCUCUUUUACGAAGGAAAGCAAAGCUUUCCCCGAAAUUCCAGACAGAUUUCCCCUUGUCUUAAUUUGCCUUCCAUCUUUAAAUGGUAACUUCUAUCUUCAAAGGAGGCUGUGUACAUAGCUGCCUCAGAUAAAGUCAGUAUUCCAUUAGCAAGGAGGAGAGUAUUGAGAAAGCAACUAACAAGGUCUGACAAGUCCUUUUACUCUGAAUCAUUCUUAAUAAGUGAAAGUUGAAGGUGUUGGUGUUGAGUGGCCAAGAGUGGCUGUGGCAGACAACUGUCAUUUCUUUCCUGGCUGCCCAAUAUCAUUCCUAUCCUGUUAGGGAGUCCCUCACCUAAUGAGGCAGAGGCCUUCCUCCCUCCUAAGAAAUGUAAGUGUCAGAUGUUUUCCCAGCCUCUUUUGCAGCUAAGGAAGAUAUAUCUGCUUUAAACUUUAAAGUUAGGCAUACAAAGAAGCAGGGAACUAUGCAGAAUUCCUUUUGAGUAAAGGCCUACAACACUGGCUACUAUGUCCAGUUCCACAGAGGAACAGCCCAAGCGGCUUUAGUGACAACAUUUCAGUAUCCAGUGUCAGCAAAGUCAAUGGUGCGGCUGCAGUGUCUCUGCCACACAGUGAGAUCUUCAAUGAAGCAAUUAUCUGAAGUGAUUAGAGGCUCUGUAGCCUCUCAUUUUGGUUUUCUGCCUGUCUUAGAGAUCCUGAGGAUUGCCUUUUAAUAAAAUCACUCUUUGUUAAAAUUAA